UCUCUGAAGGCAUCAGAGCAAUGAGUUGAGAGAGAACAAUGCUCUCCCCUUGGCUUCUAGUGCUCCUAAGCAUCCCAGGCUGUUUUCUGGUGAAAAAUCAUUCGAAGGUGAAUGGCAUCAUGGGAGAAUCCCUGAACGUGCAGUGCCCAUAUGAGGAGGAACACAGAAUGCAUGGGAAAUACUUGUGCAAAGGAGUCAGUAGAUUAGUCUGUUUCACCAUUGUUGCGAUCAAAGGGUCAGAGGAAGAGGAGAAGAAUGGUCGAGUGUCCAUUAGAGACAGUCGCCAGAACUGCACAUUCACAGUGACCAUGGAGAACCUGGCUGCGGAGGAUGCCGGUUCUUAUGCCUGUGGGAUCAACAAAUUCUUCAACUUCGAUCACCUGUUGUGGUUUACAGUGUCUAUCUCCCCAGCACCAAAGGUCAUAUCGACAACCACCAUCCAAUCUCCCUCAGCUGCAGCAGAAACCAGUGGCACCUCUACUCCAGCUCACAGAAGAGACGGGGAGACCACCUUCCCCACAUCUGGGGAUGGUUUUGCUGAAAGGAUCGAAAUACUGCUGCCUUUCAUCUUUGCAGUUCUUCUGGUUCUGUUUGUGGGGGUGUCCCUUCUGGCUUGGGCAAUAUUGCUGAAGCAGAAGAAAGCUGGUGAUAAUUCAGAGGUUCGUCAAAACUCCAAUCAGGUUGACCUCUGCUACUCCUUGCUGGAAUUCCAGCCAAGAACCCUGGACUUCCACCCUGCGGGAUCCCACCGAAAAGGGAAUACAUCUCUGGGACCCUCCAGGCCCCGGAGCGACAAAGGAGUGGAAUACAGCCAAGUGGUUACCACCAGGAGAAAGGAUGUUAACUAUGCUACCUUGAACCUGCAUACUACCUAUGACAACUUGUCAUAUCCAGCCCCCAAGACGAAGCAGACGGAGGAGACGGCUUACUGUGAGAUAAAGACGACUUAGGCUACAGCCUGUAGCAGCCUGCCAGUCCUGGAAAUUUUCCUCAUAGCUUCUGUUCCUGACCUCAUCACUUCUCUCCCUUUUCUGGAUUUGGAAGUCAGUGAAAGAACUGUAGUUAAAGCUAACCCGAAUUCUCUUUCUCUCAUAUUCAGCCUCAGUGACUGUGAAAAGAUUCCCACAUUGUAGAUCCUGCCCUCGGGAACUUCCCACUUUACAGGAAUUAAACUGAAUGCUAUA